AUGCCUUCUCGUCGCAGCCAUACAAAGUCCCGAAAGGGAUGCUUAGAGUGCAAAAGAAGACAUGUUAAGUGCGAUGAGGGGACUCCCAAGUGCACACUGUGCAGAAAGCGCAGAUUAGAGUGCAGCUAUCCGCCCCCACAGAGUGAUCUCGAUAGCACCCAUGGCUCGCCAUCCGGACAAGAUGGCUCCGAGAGUGGCACUCGAACACCGGGGGGGAUCAAUCAAUGCAAACGCGAAUGUUAG